UGUCACGAUGAAAACACUUGCUUCACUUUUCGUCCUAACUAUUACCUUCGCGGUUUGUAACCGUGCUUCGGGUAAAAACGUGUCUCACUGCGUUUAUGGAACUACAUUAAGAGAUCUACUCAAGUUGGCUGGGAUUAGACGAGGAAACAUUCAGUCACAUGCUAGAAAACUUCAACAGCACAAUGUUGAUCAAAGCGUGCUCUGUAAACUCACCUUACAGCAACUUAAAGACAUCGGAAUCACAACUCUUGGUGACCGUCUGAAGAUGUUCAAUUUCUUCUCGAAAGAUGGCAACGAUUGCUCCAGUUCAAGUUGUCAAAACAACGGCAUCUGUCGAGAUGGUUUUCGUUGUUUCUCAUGUGUCUGCGACCCCCAAAAGGGAUACUAUGGACCGAGUUGUGGACAGAAAUGCCCGUGCCAUAACGGUGGUGUUUGCAAGACGAAACCAACUGGCUUCGAGUGCGUCUGCCCACCUGGUUACUCUGGUGACCUGUGUAAAACGAAGUAUUUGACCGAAGAUAGGAUGGCUAACAUUGAGACACGAACAAACGAGCUAAAAGCCAGACUCGAUCAAAGCGUCAAGCUGAUCAAGAAACUGCAAAAUCAGGUAACAGACCUGGAAUCCCGUCCUACAGGAUCGUGGCAACUUCAUCGUUCAAAUGAGGUUCUUAAUCAACUUGAGAAAAUGCAAUUACAUCGAAAAACACCAACGUACACGCAAAGGCUGCCAAUUGUCCUUCCCAAGAACACCAGAGCCAUUCUCAUUUCGAUCUAUUGUCAUUUCUGGAACGGCAAUGGUCACGCAUAUUUGAAUUACGUCGCUUACCAAAAGAACAACGACAACGCCGUCGCCAAAGCGGAAGGUUACAACACUCAUUACAACGUCUACGCCAACACAUUCCUGUACGAGCAAAUGAUUCCUUGGAACACCACUCUUCCCAAUGAGUUGAUCUUCAGGGUGACAAGGUCCUAUCUCACUGGUGGAAAUAAUAACUGGUAUCGCGUACGUUUGGUUGGUUACGUAACCUCUCUGUGAAAUGGUCUUAUUUUAACAGAUCUACAACUUUAAAUGAUUACAAUAAUAAGAAACGUAUAAUUAACAGUGUAAUUUUGGAUCAUCAUCAUCAUCAUCAUCUAGCGGGCCUAUUGCGCCAAUGAGGCGCACAGGGCCUGGUAAUUUUGGAUAGUAUAGAUUUAUUUGAAGAAACAGUGUGAUUAGAAAAUAAUUAAGGAAGUUGCAAAUAAAUAUGAUUAGACC